AUGUGGCACAAGGCGCUGGGUGACAACCUCAGCUUCCAGUUCGGUCUGUUCGACGAGGCCGAGCUUGAAGCUGGGCCGCUUCCCGGCCCCGUGGGACCCUCUGAGUUUCGCCAUUUUGAUCGCCAGCUCGAACUUGCCGGGCUCCUGGAUGCUGCCACCAGACAGUCCGUGAAGCGCAUCCUCGACAUCGGUUGUGGCUGGGGAUACAUCACCCGGCGUCUGGCCCAUCAGCUUCCGCGAGUGCCCACGCCUCGACGCCAUCAACAUCAGCCAGCGCCAGCUCGACUACUGCGCCCAGAUCUUCCAGAAGACUUCCGGAACCGCAUCAACCUCUACCUCUGCAACGUCCAGGAUGUCGACCUGCUCCCGGACUCACAGGUGCCGUACGACUUGGUUGUUGUUCGCGGUGUCUACACACACUUUCUUCACCAUGUCUUCGACGCCUCAGUUGCCCAGGUCGCUGGCCGACUCCGCCCUGGGGGCAUCCUGCUCAUCUCCGACACUUUAUACAAGGGCGACAUGGAAAAAUACCGCUCUCCCAUCCCCGACAAGGCCGAUCGUCUGGCCUGCGGCAACCGCAAGACGCCCUCGUACUUCACCAGCACGCUCGAGCAGAACGGUCUGGUCGUGCGAGACGUCCGCGUGAUGCCCUCCAACCGAGACGUCAUCCACUGGUUCCACAAGGUGCGACUCAACAUCGAGCAGAAUUUCCCGGGCGGCGUCACGGGGCCCAUCCAAGAGCUGCAUGAGAUGGCGAGGAGCUUUACGAAGAGCUUGGCGGGUGAUAAGUGUACAGCGUUAUUGCCCAGCGUGUUGUCGGUUAGUGCUACUACUACUUGA